AUGAAGAAGAAAAAAAUAGGAGGUUUACUAGUAGUUCCACAAGAAUAUGAAGAUUUUGCCUUUUGUCUGAAUUCUUGUGAGUUGCAUGAGAUGCCUUUUAAAGGGAGUCCUUUCACUUGGUGGAAUGGUAGGGCUGCUAAUGACUGCAUUUUCAAGAGGUUGGAUAGGGUUGUGCAUAAUCAUUCAUUCCAAAAUUGGUUUAGACAUCUUGAAGUGGAGCAUUUGUCAAGGACUGGUUCUGAUCAUGCACCAUUACUUUUAUCUUGUGGAGAUCAAGUGGAGAAUUUUAUCAAACCAUUCAGAUUUUUUAAAUUUUUGGUGGAGCAUGAUACUUUUCUUGACUUUAUUAAGCAGCAAUGGGAAGCAGACUUAUCUGAUGAUGUUUUUCUUUCCUUUAAGCUCAAAAUGAAGAAACUGAAAGUUGCUUUAAGUAAAUGGAGUCAGGUUACUUUUGGUGAUAUUUUUAAGCAACUAGUGAUUAGAGAAGAUAUAGUUAAGAUUAAAGAGCAGUUGAUUGAGGAGAACCCUUCUAAAGAAAAUAGAAUGGUGAUGCAAAAGGCUCAAGCUGAACUUAAACUUCUGGUAAAAGGAAGAAGGAAAAGAAUCCAGAUCAAGAGGAUUCAAGAUGCUGAUGGAACUUGGUUAGAGGAUGCUGAUAGAGUUGUUGGUGAAGCUGUUAAAUUUUUUCAUAAGCAAUUUACUCAUGAGGAGGUUAGUAAAGAUUCUCCAAUUCUUAAUCAUAUUCCUGAACUAAUUAGAGAGGAGGAUAAUAUGCUACUUGCUGAACAACCUACUAUGGAGGAAGUACAAAAGGCAGUGUUUGAAUUAAAUAGAGAUAGUACUUGUGGCCCUCAUGGCUUUUCUAGGAUCUUUUAUCAGAAGUGUUGGGAGGUGAUCAAGGCUGAUGUAUUUAGUGUUGUUAAAGCUUUCUUUGAUGGUCAGACUCUUCCCAAGUCAAUCACUCACACUAAUCUAGUAUUGCUGCCAAAGAAGAAUAUUGUUGAGUCUUUCUCUGGUAUGAGACCUAUAAUUCUUAGCAACUUUAUUAAUAAGGUCAUAUCUAGAGUAGUUCAUGAUAGAUUGGACAGAUUACUUACAAGGGUGAUAUCUCCGAAUCAAUUAGGUUUUGUCAAGGGCAGGAAUAUUAUUGAGAAUGCACAUGGUUUCUUUCACUCUACAAGGGGUGUCAAGCCGGGUGAUCCACUCUCUCCUGCUGUUUUCAUCAUAGCUGCAGAAGUUCUUUCAAUAGCCUUAAACUCUUUGUUUGAUCAGCCUGGUUUUGUUGUUUAUGGGAUGCCAAAGUGGAGUGCUAAGCUGAAUCAUCUGGCAUAUGCAGAUGAUACAAGCAUCUUUCCAGCUGUUGAAGCAGAAACAGGAUUUGUGAGAGGGAAAUUUCCUUGUACAUAUCUUGGAGUACCAAUUACUCAUGCUAGGAAAAGGAAAGUGGACUAUACUGAGUUAUCGAAGAAAGUCAAAGACAAGUUGCAAACUUGGAAAGGAAAGCUACUGUCUUAUGGUGGAAAAGCAGUUUUGAUCACAAGUGUUCUUCAAAGAGGAUUGGGAUUCAGGUCUAUUUAUGAAAUGUCCAAAGCCUAUGUGCUAAACUUUGGUGGAAGUUUAGAACCACUAGUUCACUUUGGGCUAAUUUCAUGUGGAACAAAUACUGUAAGAAGCAAAUUCCUUAGGUGGUUCAAUGGAAAGGAGGCUCACAAGUAUGGAAGAUAA